AUGUUGGUGUCACGGUCACUUGUCUGCUACGGGGUCUGGGGGGGGCGGGGUUAUUUUCACCUCCAGGAUCCUUCGAUUUUUACAGCCUCGGUGUUUCACUGGGACGAGUUUUAAUGUGACACGACACGCCGACGUCAGGCCUGACCCUCACUCUCCUCUAUCUGUGUGUGUGUGUGUGUGUGUGUGUGUGUGUGUGUGUGUGUGUGUGUCAGAGGUGUGUUUCCUCCGCUCCGCUCUUCUUCUCGUGGAGCCGUUUUAUGGAGGUUCUCACAAACAGCUGAUUGACCUGCUGAAGGAGAACGUCACAGACGCCGCCGUCUUCACGCUUCCUGCCAAGAAAUGGCACUGGAGGGCGAGGACCGCCGCUCUGUACUUCAGCCAGAACAUCCCCACCUGUCAAUCAUACAGGUGAGAAAUCAGCUGAUGGACGUCGGUGUGAGUCCUCCUCUCUACCAUCAGUCUGAGCAGGAUCUCAAAUAUAUUAAAGUAUAUAAAUAUAUAUAAAUAUAUUAGUUACUCCUAUAUUUAUUUGUUUUCAAAUAUAAAUAUUAACUGUAUAUAAAUAUAAACUGUAUAUAAAUAUAAACUGUAUAUAAAUAUUUACUGUAUGUAAAUCUAAGUCCAGGAACAGAGGAGCUCUGAGUAUCUGCUAAGUUAUUAAACUCCACAGAUCCUCACAGUGGGAUCAACCUGUGCUCUGGUCACUAUGGAAACAGACGGACCUGACAGAUAGGACCCCCCCCCCCCCCCCCCAUAUGAUUGGACGUUCUGCUGAUGGAAUAUAAACAUGUGACCUCACACCAUUGGUCCGUUUAGAAACACUGAACUUGUAAAUGAUGUUCUGCUGAGUGUGAGCAGAAUCUCAAAUAUAUAAAUAUUUAUAAAUAUAUGAAUUUAUAUAAAUAUAUGACUUUAUAUAAAUAUAUAUAUUUAAAUAAAUAUAUGAAUUUAUAUAAAUAUAUGACUUUAUAUAAAUAUAUGACUUUAUAUGUAUUUAUAUAUACAAAUAUGUUCUCAAAUAUUACCUGUAUCUAUUUCCUGAGUGUGAACAGGUGAGUCUGCGGUGACCUUUUGACCUUUCUCACCUGGAGCUCCAUCUUCCUCCUCCUCAGGGUUCUGUUCAGCAGCUCGGUCCUGAACCUUUGUGAACUCGUGGCUCUCAGACCGGACCUGGCCCGACUGAAGAAGGUUCUGUACUUCCAUGAGAACCAGCUGGUGUACCCAGUCCGCAAAGAACAGGAGAGAGACUUCCAGUACGGAUACAACCAGGUUCUCUCAUGGUAAACACAAAAAACACACAAACACUGAGAAACAUGAGGAGGUUUCUCAUCCUGAUGGUUUUAGAGUCACAGACUGACCUGAUCGACCUGAUCGAUCACUGAUCGAUCACUGAGAUCUGACUCUACAGCAUCCACUCUGUUACUCAUUCAUCCAUCCUUCCUUUAUCAUUCGUCUCAUUUUAAUCCAUCUAAACUUUACAGAUGUCUCUCUUUUCAUUCUCAGUUUUUAAUGUUUCUCUUUCAUUUAUAACAUUCCUCAUCUUUUUCCACGUUGUCUCAGUUUUCCACGUUGUCUCAGUUUUCCACGCACUGACAUGUUUUCAGUCUCGGCUCUAAAGUCAGACACAGUUAAAGUCUUAAUGAAGGUCGAUGAUAAACCAACUGAAGGCUGCAUCAUGUUUCAUUGUUCAUGUUUAUCCAGUAAGAAUAUUGACGAUAAUAAUCAUGAUGAUUUUAGAUGUUCACAGUAAUGUUCAUAAUAAUAAUAAUAAUAAUUGUAAUGGUAUAGAUGUGUAACCCUGUGAAACACAGAAUGGUUGCAGACUCUGAAGGUCUUGUUCGUGGUCUGACCUCAUUACACCAUCGUGUGACGGAGCAGAAAGACUGAAUGUGACACAGACUGAAGCUGGAAAUGAGGAAUUAUCAUAAAUCACAGUCAGAUUAGUGGGAGAGUCAGAUCUUAUCAAACAUGAUCCCUUCAAACUCUGACAGUCACUUCAUCUUUAUGUUAAUGAUGUUAUCCCUUUUUUUUUUGUUUUAACACCUGAAAACACGAACGCAGCGUCACUGACUGUCGUUAGUCUGAGAGUUAGUUUGUUCGUUAGUUAAUUUAUGAAUUAUUUAGUUAGUUUAUUAGUGAGUUAGUUAGUCAGUAAGGUCAUUUAUCAGUUAGAUAUUUGGAUAGUUCGUUAGUUAAUUAAGUUAUGAAUUAGUUCGUUAGUUAGUUCGUUAGUGAGUUCUUCGUCUCCUCUCAACUCUGACAGUUUGUCUUAAUGACUGUCAGGCUGCCUGUGAUUGGUUAACAAGCGUGUGUGUGUGUGUGUGUGUGUGUGUGUGUGUGUGUGUGUGUGUGUGAGACAGGUAGCACAGACUAAACAAAUGGAUAUGUGUUGUCAGGGCAGUAAGUCGAUCACAGAGUGUGUGUCUGUGCUAAUGUGGUUAUGGCAUAGUCGGAUGACAGAUCGUUGGCAGCGUCUGAUUGGCUCAGAGCCAAAUAACAUCACUUAGCAUAAUGAAGGAGCGAAAACACGACCAGGCGUCAGGAGGAGAGUCCGAACACGAUCGGGGUGUUUAACGUAAAAACAGGUUCAAUGAGAGGAGAAAACAAAACGUCCGGCAUGAGAUUUAACUGACUUUAACUUAGACUUAAACUAACCCUAACUUAGACUCUAACUAACCCUAACUUAGACUUAAACUAACCCUGAUUUAGACUCUAACUAACACUAACUUAGACUCUAACUAACCCUAACUUAGACUCUAACUAACCCUAACUUAGACUUAAACUAACCCUAAUUUAGACUCUAACUAACCCUAACUUAGACUCUAACUAACCCUAACUUAGACUUAAACUAACCCUAAUUUAGACUCUAACUAACCCUAAUUUAGACUCUAACUAACCCUAACUUGGACUUUAACUAACCCUAACUUGGACUCUAACUAACCCUAACUUAGACUCUAACUAACCCUAACUUGGACUUUAACUAACCCUAACUUGGACACUAACUAACCCUUAUUUAGACUCUAACUAACCCUAACUUAGACUUAAACUAACCCUAAUUUAGACUCUAACUAACCCAAACUUGGACUCUAACUAACCCUAACUUAGACUCAAACUAACCCUAACUUAGACUUAAACUAACCCUAAUUUAGACUCUAACUAACCCUAGCUUAGACUUAAACUAACCCUAAUUUAGACUUAAACUAACCCUAAUUUAGACUCUAACUAACCCUAACUUAGACUCUAACUAACCCUAACUUAGACUUAAACUAACCCUAAUUUAGACUUAAACUAACCCUAAUUUAGACUCUAACCCUAACUAAGACUCUAACUAACCCUAACUUAGACUCUAACUAACCCUAAUUUAGACUUAAACUAACCCUAACUUAGACUUAAACUAACCCUAACUUAGACUCUAACUAACCCUGACUUAGACUUAAACUAACCCUAAUUUAGACUCUAACUAACCCUAGCUUAGACUUAAACUAACCCUAAUUUAGACUUAAACUAACCCUAAUUUAGACUCUAACUAACCCUAACUUAGACUCUAACUAACCCUAACUUAGACUUAAACUAACCCUAAUUUAGACUUAAACUAACCCUAAUUUAGACUCUAACCCUAACUAAGACUCUAACUAACCCUAACUUAGACUCUAACUAACCCUAAUUUAGACUUAAACUAACCCUAACUUAGACUUAAACUAACCCUAACUUAGACUCUAACUAACCCUGACUUAGACUUAAACUAACCCUAAUUUAGACUCUAACUAACCCUGACUUAGAUUCUAACAAACCCUAACUUAGACUUAAACUAACCCUAGCUUAGACUUAAACUAACCCUAAUUUAGACUUAAACUAACCCUAAUUUAGACUCUAACUAACCCUAACUUAGACUUAAACUAACCCUAAUUUAGACUCUAACUAACCCUAACUUGGACUCUAACUAACCCUAACUUAGCCUCUAACUAACCCUAACUUAGACUUAAACUAACCCUAUCUUAGACUUAAACUAACCCUAAUUUAGACUCUAACUAACCCUAGCUUAGACUUAAACUAACCCUAAUUUAGACUUAAACUAACCCUAAUUUAGACUCUAACUAACCCUAACUUAGACUCUAACUAACCCUAAUUUAGACUUAAACUAACCCUAACUUAGACUUAAACUAACCCUAACUUAGACUUAAACUAACUUUGGCCUCUGCAUAAACUAACCUGAACCUCAGCUUUAACUAACCCUAACCCGGAGCUUUGAUUAACCUCAGCUUUUAACUUAGUUAAUCACCUUCAUCCACCAGCGGUCAUGUGACUAUGACCUCAGCUCUCUAACAGCUGCUUCUGUCUGUGAAUCUGACUGGCUGUGUUGGUCAUUUGGCCCCGCCUUCAUGAGUUUUAAGAGGUUGUUUUGAACUCUGAACCCCCCCCCCCCCAUCUCUUCAGCCUGGUGGCGGACGUGGUGGUCUUUAACUCGGCGUUCAACAUGGAGUCCUUCCUGUCCUCCAUCUCGUCCUUCAUGAAGAAGAUCCCUGACCACAGACCCAGAGACCUGGACCUGCUGAUCCGGCCUAAAUGUGAGGUCCUGUCGUUCCCGCUGCAGCUCCCUGAUGUGAGCAGGUCAGUCCUCGGAUUAUAAAACCUCUUCAGAUAAGAAGAUGAACACCUGAGGUCUGGGAUUAGAUUACAGCGUUAGGAUUAGAUUUACAGACCUGAGCUGAUAUCAGAUUACAUCAUAAAUCCGUUUUACUGCGAUCUGUUAAAAAAAACACGACGUUGAUGUUUGGAGAAAAACAGACGUUUCCUGUUGAUCCUCAUUCAGAGUCUCUGAUGAUGGUAAAUUAGUGCUGAAUCAUGUUCAGUUCUCAUGAUUCAGAUUAUUUGAUGUUUAAUCCUCAAACAGUCGCCGUGAUCUAAAUAUCGACAUGUUUUAUCGUUCGAUUCUCACAUGAGCUCCGUCCUCUAAUCCGGCUUUAAUCCUGAAAAUACGCCGAGUUUUUCCUGAACGAACG